AUGAAUAAGAAAACGGUGCAACAGAAGAGGCAGUCCAUGGUGAAAAAUAAGAGCGAGAUAUACCCGCAGAAGAGCCUGAACCUGGGGCAGAAGUCGAAAAGCAGAGGCAAAAGCAUGAAUGGGAAAAUCAAAGUGGUCGUGAGGAAGAGACCCAUCAGUGAGUUGGAAAAAAAAAGGAAAGACAACGACAUCAUAACAGUGAAGGACAGCUCCACCAUUUACAUAGACGAGCCAAGGUACAAAGUAGACCUCACCAAAUAUGUAGAGAGGCACGAAUUUAUCGUCGACAAAGUAUUUGACGAAACAGUAGACAAUUUUACCGUCUACAUAAACACAAUCAAGCCGCUAAUUGUAGAAAUUUUCGAAAGCAAUUCUGUCUGUUCUUGUUUUGCUUAUGGGCAAACGGGUAGUGGGAAGACCUACACCAUGUUAGGUUCCCAACCCUACGGGCAAAGUGAAACGCCAGGCAUUUUCCAAUACGCGGCAGAAGAUAUCUUCAGCUUCUUAAGUCUAUACGAUAGUGAUAACAGUAGAGGGAUUUUUAUUUCCUUUUAUGAAAUUUACUGUGGGAAAUUAUAUGACUUGUUACAGAAAAGGAAAAUGGUUGCCGCUUUGGAAAAUGGGAAGAAAGAAGUCGUUGUGAAAGACUUAAAAAUUUUAAGAGUUUUUUCCAAAGAGGAGUUAAUUGCUAAGAUGAUUGAUGGGGUUAUGUUACGCAAGAUAGGAGUCAAUUCGCAAAAUGAUGAGUCCUCCAGAUCGCAUGCCAUUCUUAAUAUCGAUUUGAAGGAUAUUCAUAAGAAUGUCUCCCUGGGGAAAAUUGCUUUUAUAGAUUUGGCAGGCAGUGAAAGGGGAGCAGAUACAGUCGCUCAGAAUAAACAGACGCAAACGGAUGGAGCUAAUAUUAACCGAUCGCUGUUAGCUCUGAAGGAAUGCAUCCGGGCUAUGGACUCAGACAAACACCACAUUCCGUUUAGAGAUUCAGAGCUAACUAAAGUUUUGAGGGAUAUUUUUGUUGGAAAAUCUAAAAGCAUCAUGAUUGCAAAUAUUUCGCCCACCAUUAGCUGCUGCGAGCAGACGCUGAACACGCUCAGGUACUCUUCGCGCGUCAAGAAUUUUAAGCAUAAGAUGAAUACCCCCGAGGAGGAGGACCCCAACAGCGAGAAGAUCAGCAUCCUCGAGUCGAGAAGCGGCGAGGUGAACACCUCGGGGGCGGAGGGCGCGCCCAUCAAGUCGAACUCGCUCAUGCAGGGUGGAAGCGGUGGGGGAAGCGGCAUGACAAGCGGCGUUGUAGGCAGCCUGGGGAACCCCGCCCGGAGCGGAAGGCACCUCGCGAAAAACCAAGACGGCGUGGCCGCCAACCAAACCAAGUACAACUCAGUCAACGACGUGGAUAAGCUGGCGCAAAAGAAGAAGAAGAAAAAGAGCCUCUUAAAUUUCAAAAGCAACAAUGCAAAUUAUGAUCACAUCGGGAGGAGGCAAAACUUCAUGCAGCAGAGCUACGCCUUCUCGGACACGUCCGAUUUUUCCUCCCUCGACGAGAUGAAUUGCAACCUGAAUAAGAACGACAAGAAUAUGUUUCUGGCGUGCAGGAAGAAUGCCAAGGGGGGGGUGGUCAAGAACAGGAGCAGCUGCGACGGGGUGUCCGGCAAAGCGAAGAAGGCAGACGUGCAGGUGUUGCGGCACAGCGUCGGCAGCAAGUUGACCAACUUCUCGAACGAGCGGGAGCGCCUGAAGGAGCGGGCUUUCUUCCGCGGCGGUGGCGCGGUUGGCGGGGUUAGCGGUGGCACAGUCGGCGGUAGCGCUGUCGGUGGUAGCUCCCUCGGCGGUGGCUCUCUCGGUGGUUGCCCCCUCGGCGGCAGCAACACCUUGGGGAACAACCACGUGCACAUCCGGCACGCCAACGAACGGGAGAAGAACCGAGAAAGCGACAACAUAUUUUACGAUGCCGUCUCCAACACGUCCGAGAGCGCCAACCGGCUGCUUCAGCAGAGUGCGCAGAAUACGCUGAGCGGGAAGGGGAAGAACCAAAGCGGCAAUCAUGCAAAUAACCCCACCGUAGGAAUGGGCCACAAGAUGAGUUACGAUUGCGGCCAACCUGACAGGAGCAACUCCUUCGUCGGCAUAAAGGAGAGAGCCACGAAAGGAACCAGCCUCUUUACCAAUUGUGAUGCAGAGAGGAAGAUCUGCGUAGGGGAGGAAAGCCUAGACCAAACAAGAAGCCUUUCGACGGUGCAUCUACACACUAAAGCAACUUCGUUUGAAAAUUUGCCAAGUGAUGUGAACCGUGCUGCAGGUGAACCCCCACUUGAUGGCGGCAACGGUGAUUAUUGCGACGUGGCCAUCCUCGGUGUGCACGCCGGUGGGUUGUCUGCCGUGCACUCGGGUGGGGGUCUGCCCAACGGUGGCAACCCUGUGCGGAAGGGCUCCAGCGAAUUCUUUCCCCCCAGUGAAGGUUGCGCCCAAAGUUACGGUCAAAAUUACUCCCAAAAUUACAGCCAAAGUUACAGCCAAAAUUACUCCCAAAGUUACUCCCAAAGUUGCAGCCAAAGCGGCCUCAACCAACAUUGCGGGAUCAACCCCAGCGAAGUGGUCACCAUUAACGACGUGCGCGCUGAGGAGUGCCCCAAGAUUGGCUCACUCGAGGCAGAAAAUAUUGGCAGCCAAAACGUCGAGGAGAGUGAAUUCCCCCCUGGAGAUCACUUAAAGCAGUUUCAAAAAAACCUAAACAGCAUGGUGGACAGUUGCCUGAACACUCUAAAUAUAGCCAACCUGUGCGAAGACACGCAAAAUAUACUUAACACCAUUUUGCUCUCCAAAUACACAGCAGAUAAAGAAAUGCUAAUAAGCAAAUACAUCAACGAGGAUGUAAAAAACAUGAGCUUGGAAAAGCUAGACAAGUAUGCUCAGGUAAUUUAUGAAAAGAGGAAGGUCAUCCUGAGUAAGCUCCUUCUACUGUUUAAAAAGAACGUAGAUGUACAGACGAACAACGAAACGAGUGACUUAAAGAAAGAUCUGGUCAUGUGCCAUAUAUGUAGUAAUAACCCAGAUGACCGGUUUCAUUUUUAUGCCUACAGCAGACUAGAAAAGGAUAUGAUAAAUUUAAUAACUCUUCGGCAACUGUGGUGUGAAAGUGAGAAUUUGAGGCAACUGCAUCAGUACCUGAUGGUUGAAUAUCAAAACAAGUCGGCCAAUUUAAUUACCUUUAAUGUUUUCCCGAAGAAAAUUAGCACCAGCUCGCUGAACAAGAAGUACGUGGAGGAUGCCAAGGGCCAGUCGGACGCAGCGAGGUCGGCCGUGGGUCCCCUGCAGUAG